CCAGAGCAGUAGGGAGCUCGGAAAGGCGGAGUGUGCGUGAGCGUGCAGUGAGUUUAUGAACGCGCAGAGCUGUUGCUGGAUGAAAGUCGAGCGCGUGUGCGUGUGCGCUCACAUUCAGUCAUUAUUCUGUCAUCAUCUGAUUAUUAAAUCUGUCAUUAGAGUGAUUGAUUGAUUGACAUGUCAGUGCUGGAGGAGUACGAGCGCGCGCCCAAGCGUCUGAAGCUGUGUGCGGAGGAUGAGGAGGAUCUGGAGGAGGAAGAGGAGGAGGAUGAGGAGCGGAGCAGCAGUGCGAGGAGGAAGGAUAACAGCUCUGACACCCACCGGAUCGCUCCGUCACCCGUCGUUCAUGUUCGUGGACUCUGUGAAUCUGUGGUUGAAGCUGAUCUGGUGGAAGCCUUGGAAAAAUUUGGAAACAUCUGUUAUGUGAUGAUGAUGCCAUUCAAGCGUCAGGCACUGGUGGAGUUCGAGGACGUUCAGAGCGCUGAUCACUGUGUGGCGUGCGGUUCUCAGGAGGCCGUCUAUAUCGCCGGUCAGCAGGCGUACUUCAACUACUCCACCAGCAAACGCAUCACGCGGCCCACCAACGCAGACAAUCCCAACAGCGGAAACAAAGUGCUACUGCUCUCCAUCCAGAAUCCUCUCUAUCCAAUCACCACGGAUGUUUUGUACACAGUCUGUAAUCCGAUCGGUAACGUGCUGCGGAUCGUCAUCUUCAAGAGGAACGGGAUCCAAGCCAUGGUGGAGUUUGAAUCCAUUCAGAACGCACAGAAGGCCAAAGCCGCUCUGAACGGCGCUGACAUCUACGCACGCUGCUGCACGCUGAAAAUCGAAUACGCUCGGCCCUCACGACUCAACGUCAUCCGAAACGACAACGACAGCUGGGACUACACCAAACCAUUCCUGCUGCGACGAGAGCGUGGUAAAGGGCGACAGCGUCAGGCUAUACUGGGAGAACACCCGUCCUCAUACAGCGACAACGCCUACGGGUCUCACUGCCCCCUGCUGCCUCUGCCCAGUAACACCCGUUUCAAGCGCAGCUCACAUGAUGUGCCCGAGGUGGUGGCAUAUCCGCUGCCUCAGACAUCAUCAUACAUGAGCCACGCCUCAAGCUCUGUUGCCAUGGUGAGCGGCCUCCACCCCGCCAAGAUGAACUGCACUCACAUCUUCAACCUCUUCUGUCUCUACGGCAACAUCGAGAAGGUGAAGUUUAUGAAGAGUGUUCCAGGUACAGCUCUGGUGGAGAUGGGUGAUGAGUAUGCGGUGGACAGAGCGAUCACACACCUCAACAGCAUCAAGGUCUUCAGUAAACGACUCAACGUUUGUGUGUCAAAGCAGCACGCCGUGAUCCCCAGUCAGGUGUUUGAGUUGGAGGACGGUUCCAGCAGCUACAAGGACUUCGCCAUGACACGUAACAAUCGCUUCACCAGCGCCGGUCAGGCCUCCAAAAACAUCAUCCAACCUCCGUCAUGUGUGCUGCAUUUCUAUAACGUCCCGCCCUGCAUCACUGAAGAUGACCUGCAGCGAUUAUGCACAGAACACGACGUCCCAGGAUUCAUCAAAUACAAAGUGUUUGACGCCAAACCAAGUUCUAAAACCAUCUCUGGAUUACUGGAGUUUGACAGUAAAACUCACGCUGUUGAAGUGCUGACGGUUCUCAAUCACUAUCAGAUCCGAAUACCCAAUGGUUCGAAUCCAUACACACUGAAGCUCUGCUUCUCCACAUCAUCACACCUCUGAGAGCGAAUGAUUGAACGCACAUCACGUUUACAAUCACGAGUGUACUGAUGGACAGCAAUAGUGACAUCACGAUGAGCGCAAAACACUCAGCACUCAUCUCUUCUAUUCUUCAGACUCUUCUCGUCUUUAUAUCUGUUUUUGUCAUCUUGUUUUUUUUCAGUAAACUGCCUUAACACGGGUCAAACCAGAAAACUGACACACACACUCCCUGGAUAUAAAACAUGAUGAUGUAAUGCCACAGGAACCACAGGAAGCGCAAAUAAAUGACAUGCAUUAUUUCGUUAA